AUGUCAUCGCAUGUCCAGGAAAAUGAAGAUCACAAUGUAUCUCAGGUUGAUGACAAGUUGCAGAACCUAAAUCUAAAGAACCAGGCAUCGCCCGAUGCCGAAGCCAAUAACCAUUUGCAACCCAAGAGUGGUGGUGGCCCGCCACUUGCUUCUCCACCGAUUCACGCAUCGUCUGUAUCGACGCCAACGCAUACGCCGCUAAAUAGUGACAUCCAGGCCAGGUUAAUGGCGUUUCAACAGAGAAGGUCGAAACCGGCGUCGGAGCCCGUCCAUGUGUUUAAUCCACUGCAGUCAACGCAACAGGGUCCUGCUGCGAGAGGACCUCCGCCUCCACACCAUAACCCCGUGUCAAGCAGUGACUCGUUAUUGGAGACGGUGGGACACCAGAACAAGUUGGGCGUCGAGUCCUUGCAAUCGUCAACCAUGGAUAUGGUAAAGGCACCUACUACUCCCAGCAGUGCUGCUAGUUCCAGGCUCAGCCAGAAUUCUUCAAUUACUCCUCCUAAUUCAGAUUUGCCCAACAGAGGAGGAGGAGUUGGAGGAGGCUUCCCCAGGCUCAAUCUCAAUGCAAACGGAACACCAACGCAAGAGUUGGGCAAGAAACCCUCUUUAUCUCAAAGAAGAGGAAUGAAGUUGAAUACCAGUGCCAUGCCACUAGGUAGCCCUUCAAACACUCCGCCAUCAUCGUCGUCGUCACCAAAUUUACUCAAUCCACCAAUAAAAUUGAACACAUCCGCGAUAAAAUCGCCAGGCGAAGAGCAAAAUUCACCAUUUGCACUAUCUAUGGGAAAGCAGUUUGGAACCACAAAUGAACUCUCAAGAAGAUUAUCCGAGAGGAAAAAGAAGCCCAAUUUCAAGUUAAAUUUGGACGACCUGGGCAGCGGAAUGCCCUCUAGGAACAACAGUUUGAGCAAAACGACAACAUCUUCCUCGAGCGACAGCAAUCAUGACUUUGGCAACCAGGCGUCCAAGAGCGAUGGGCAAUUGCAGGGCUUGUUUGCCAACUACUCGAAAUACAUUGACAUCAAGUCUGGUCAGUUAAACUUUGCCGGAAAGGCCUCUUUGCAUUCGAAAGGUAUCGAUUUCCUGUCGGGAUCGUCAUUCAGGAUAUCUCUCGACGAGUUUGAGUACUUGGAAGAGCUCGGUAGAGGUAACUACGGAUCAGUACUGAAAGUCUUGCAUAAACCAACGGGGGUCUUGAUGGCGAUGAAGGAAGUCAGAUUGGAACUCGAUGAAACCAAAUUCACUCAGAUUUUGAUGGAAUUGGACAUUUUGCAUAAAUGCAACUCACCAUACAUUGUGGAUUUCUACGGCGCAUUCUUUGUUGAAGGUGCAGUUUACAUGUGUAUCGAGUACAUGGAUGGAGGCUCUUUAGACCAAAUAUUUGGCAACAACAUUGGAGUCAAGGACGAAGCGGUGUUGGCGUACAUCACCGAGUCGGUGAUUCGAGGCUUGAAGGAGUUGAAAGAUGUCCACAAUAUCAUCCAUCGUGACGUGAAACCAACCAACAUCUUGGUCAACUCUGCAGGGAAAGUCAAACUCUGCGAUUUUGGAGUCUCAGGUAACUUGGUUGCAUCCAUGGCCAAGACAAACAUUGGAUGCCAGUCCUAUAUGGCACCAGAAAGGAUCAAGACUACGAGGCCAGACGAUGCGACAUACUCUGUCCAGUCAGAUAUUUGGUCAUUAGGAUUAACCAUCUUGGAAAUAGCAUGCGGCCAUUACCCUUAUCCACCAGAAACAUUUGGCAACAUUUUUUCACAAUUGAGUGCCAUUGUUGAUGGCGAGCCGCCAAAAUUGGACUCGGCGAUCUUCUCAAAAGAGGCCCAGUUUUUCGUCAAGACGUGUCUCAACAAGAACCCCGACCUUCGGCCCGCUUAUGGGUCGUUGUUGCAAAACCCGUGGUUGGUGAGCUACAGAGGAAAAGAGACAAACCUCGAUCAAAUCGUGCAAAAGAGACUCGGCGAAUUGAAGGAAGAUAAGAAGAGCUCCUCAUCUACGUCGACACGAAACGCGGCAAGUAUACCGCCCCAGGCUGCAAAAGCCGAAAGCGUCAACUCCUUGUUGAAAAACAAGGUCAGGGCUCCUGCAUUGCACAGAGGAGGUCUACAAUCAGUGAAUACAAAUUUUCUCAAUCGAUAA